GCAGGAGCAGGAGCGAAGUUGUCGUGUGGCUGCUUCCUGGUACAAAUGGCGAGCGCCAUGAAAACAGGGUUAUUGACAUGGGACUUAACAAAAGUGCUAUUCUUAUUAAUUUGUAUUCACUUUACACGCCCGUUAAAUGCAGUGUCAGAGCCGGGUAAAUGGACCUUGAACGCCAACAGUGAAACUACAAAGAAGCAGAGCUUUUUCCUCUUCACCAAGACAAUGUUUAACAAUACUGGCAUUCAGCUGAAAUGGUUGACGGAACACUGUGAACCUCCGGUAAAACUCAACAUCUCCUGGUACCUAAGGAGCUCCCGCUGCUUCGACGAGGUGUUCGGUCUCGACCCUCUGAAGGCAGGGAGCUACUUCAGGACGACAGCUGUGAAACAGGAAGGAGGAAGUGGGUUCUAUGUGUUCCACCAGUACCCUGCCAUUGAGUGCAAACAGACCAUGACCCACAUUGAGUUCUCUCUCAACAAAUUUGAGGAGCCGACUAGGCUUACUGAGCCAGUUCAUGAACAGCCUGUCACUGACAAGGACCAAGCGAUGAGGAAAAGGAGCAAUGAGGAUCCAAAGGAGGCACUUGCUGAGAAAAAUGCCCCAGUCAAAGUAGAGGCAACUGUGGCCACAGGGAAAGCCCCAGCCCCCGCUGCAAAGAAAGAAGUGCAGUUUGCAUCCCAGAACUUUGAUGCAGUGGCCCAGACCUGGGAUGAUGGCCCUUACAUGUUCAUCGUCCACAUCCAAGAGAUCAAGCAGAAGAGCAGCGCCACCACCGACUCUGUCCCAACACAGAACUGGAACAUCCAACUGCAAGUCAGUAUGAAAGGACCCCAUGACUACAUCUCAGCUUCGGAAUGGCCUCUUAUGAUCUUCUACAUGGUGAUGUGUGUCAUCUAUGUGUUGCUGGGCCUUCUGUGGUUGGGCCUGUCAGCCUGCUACUGGAGAGAGCUGCUCAGGAUCCAGUUCUGGAUCGGCGGGGUCAUCUUCCUGGGCAUGCUGGAGAAGGCCGUGUACUACGCCGAGUUCCAGAGCAUCCGCUACGACGGCCUCUCAGUCCAGGGGGCAGUAGUGUUUGCGGAGGUCCUAUCAGCAGUGAAGAGGACCCUGGCCCGUGUGCUCGUCAUCAUCGCCAGUCUUGGUUAUGGAAUUGUCAAGCCAAGGCUUGGUGCGUUGUUACACAGGGUGGUUGGGGUGGGACUGCUCUACCUUAUAUUCUCCGUUGUCGAGGGAAUCCUGAGGGUCAAUUCGGGUCAAGUGGGCAGUAGCAGACUACUGUGUGACAUUGUUCUGGCGUUCACUGACUCGUGCGUUGUGUGGUGGAUCUUUAUCAGCCUGGCCCAGACCAUGAAGCUCCUUCGCCUCCGAAGAAACGUGGUCAAGCUCUCCUUGUAUCGCCACUUUACCAAUACCCUCAUAUUCGCCGUUAUUGCCUCAGUCAUUUUCAUUAUCUGGACGACAAAGACCUUCAAGUUUUCAAAGUGCCAGUCGGACUGGAAGGAGCUGUGGAUAGAAGAUGCCUUCUGGCGGUUCCUCUUCUCCACCAUCCUUCUGGUCAUCAUGUUCCUGUGGAGGCCUUCGGCCAACAACCAGAGAUAUGCCUUCAGCCCCCUAGUGGACGAUGAGAGUGACGACGAGGAAAAGGAACAGCUGAUGACCGAUACAUUUGAGGGGGUGAAGAUGAGGGGUCUGAAGUCCGAGGCAAAUGGAACAGCCAAGCCAAAAGUGGAUGAGGAUCUGAAAUGGGUCGAAGAGAAUAUCCCCUCUUCAAUGGCAGAUGUUGCACUCCCACCUCUACUGGACUCUGAUGAGGAGACCAUAACAACCAAAUUUGAGAUGUCCAAAAUGGAAUAGACGCAAGGCAGACGAUGCGUACUGCAGACAGAGACAGUGCAGCACGUUGGACAACCCUACGUCUGUGUAUGAAGGAUAUUGUUAUCCCUUCCUUAUGAGCUUUGUAAGCAGCGGUUGUAAAUACGAUGGGAUAAACUAUGACGUAAUGAGCAGACUACUUUUCUUUUUUUGUAUGCCUUUUUAUUUAUAUUUUCAUGGAUAUGUUUGAAUUAUUUUUUUCCCCGAGAUUCUUUACUACAAAUGGUAUCUUGCCUUUCACUGUUUACAUAGCUAAAGUGCAGAAUGUGAUUUAAAUGUGAUUUCCGCAAUGUUCUUUCUCCAAUAUGCAGCACAGUCAUACACACACUCCCUUACAACUCGCCCCACACACACUCAUUAUUUUGAUCUCUCUGACUGUCUGUCUAUCUCUUUCUCUCUCUCUCUCACUGUUAUACACACUCACUGCACUACAGUCCCCGGUUCACCCUUUUCUUUCGUUCUUCUACAAAAAUGGCCAGUAGUGACAUCUCACUGUUCUGUUUCUCACACAGCAGCCUUUUAGUGACUGUUAUCUAAGCGGGUGUAAUUCUCCAGACAUAGUCAAUACACAGUGACUUGCCUGAGGGCAGAGCAACAUCACUGCAGGACUGUUUUAUGGUGUCUGUUCCCACUGAUAACAACCAACUAUCUGGUCAACACAUCCAAUAAUGAUGGUGUUUUUCUUACAGCUGCCACUUUGUAUUAGUUGUUAUAUUGCCAAAAAUACCUUUAAGUCAUAUUGUGAGCUUUUGUUUGUUAAUAAAUGAACCGCUAACACGCAUACGAAAACAACAAUAUCA